AUCAAAGAAUAAAGUUGGGAGGUGUAAAAUUAAUUAUUUUUAUUGUUCUUCAAUUCUAGAAAAAAAUAAUCAAGAGAGCAAAAUUAAUUUAUUUUUUAAGUUUUUAAUUAAUACAAACAUGAUGCACCAAGCGUAUAAUAUGCAACUUUUAACAAAACUCUCCGUUCAUAUUGAAUCCAUUGCAGCUUUUGAUAAUACCAUAGUUCUUGGAACACGUAAAGGUGAAUUACUUACGUAUGCGGUUAAGAAAAAAGAAGAUGAAGACAAAAUGAAAUUGGAUUUACAAAUUUUCGAUAAAGAAUUUAGCAAAAAACCUAUUGUACAAUUAGAAGUUGUACCAAAAGAAUUACUUUUUGCAUUAACAGAUAAUAUAAUUCAUGUUAGUUAUAUUAACAAAAUGAAAUUAUUACGUUUAUAUAAAGCUUCCGAAACGAAAGGAGCAAGUCUAUUUUGCAUUCAUGAGAAAACUUCAGAAUCGACAACAUGUGAAGUAAAAUCAAUUAUAACAGUGUGUGUGGCUAUUAAACGGAAAUUACAAUUUUAUAUUUGGGAAAACAAUAAAUUUACUGAUAUGAAAAUUUCUAUUGAGUUAAAAGAUUUACCUAAAGCGAUUUCAAUAUAUAAUGAAUUUGUUUGUGUUGGAUUUAAGGAUGAAUACGUUUUAUAUGAUAUGUCAGAAAAACCAUCAUUAAAACAUGAUUUAAUCUCAACUUCAUCAUCUUAUAGUCAAGAUCCUUGUAUUUGUCUAUUAAAAGACGUUUUCGGAUUGAUAAAGGAUCAGUUUUUGGUCGGUGUGGACCCAAUGGAAUUUCCAAAACCAAAUAAGGAUAGUAAAAGGCAGGAUGAUAAUCAAAUUAAGCCUACUACCGAAAUAAUUCCAGAAAGAAUAACACUUUCGAAAAAUUCUGAUGCAUGUAAACAUUUUUCACCAUUGUUAUGGAGUCAGCCUGUUUUAAAUCUAGUUUGGGAUGAACCAUACAUAUUAGGUCGUACUGCAGAUUGCUUAGAAGUUCGUUGUUUUGACUCAAAUGGUUUAAAUAAAGAAUCAUUGGUGCAAUCUUUUCCCGAUCUUGGUAAAGCUCGAUUUUUGAAGUGCUCUGGCAAAGGUACAAUUUUUGCAGCAGCUAUUUCUGAAUUAUGGUAUCUUGGAAGAGUUGAUAUUUCUAAGCAAAUUCAAAGUUUACAAACCCAUAAGAAAUUUCAAUUGGCCAUCGACUUAACAAACACUUCGGAUAAAUCAGAAGAAGAAAAAGAGGAAAUCAUACGAAAAAUUCAAGCAAGGUUUGCAAGAGAACUUUUCUUUACAAAACAGUUUAGUGCGGCCAUGCAAGAAUUUGCAAAGUCUCCGACACACCCAUACGAUGUGAUUCGUUUAUUUCCAAAUUUAUUUCCAAAUGAUAGUCAGCGGUCAUCACCUACACAUACUGAUUCAAAUAUUCCACUAUUAGAAGAUAAGGAUUUGGAAGAUGCUUUAUUAGCAUUACAAGAUUAUUUAGCUUUUGCAAGGCACGAGGAAGUUAAGCGUAUAGAAAAACUUUGUGAAAAAGAUAAACAGAGUAAGGGUUCAAAGCCGAAAGUAUCAACUUUGCUGUCUGUGUUAGAUACGACAUUAUUAAAAACAUAUUUACAAACAAAUAAUUCCAAAAUUGAAAUAUUAUUACGGCAAGGUCGUUGCGACUUUGAAGAAUCAGAGAAAACACUGAUAAAAUAUAGAAAGUUUUCAGAAUUAAACAUUUUGUAUAAUACAAAUGGAAAACAUCAAAAAGCUUUAGAGUUACUUAAAUCACAAUCAGAUAACCCUGGAACUCGUCUUUAUGGAGUUGAACAAACUAUCAAAUAUCUACAAACACUGGGACCCGAACAUAAAUAUUUAAUUUUUGAAUAUUCAGAUUGGGUAUUAAAGAAAGAUCCAAAUGCCGGUAUUAAAAUAUUUACUGAAAAUUUUGAUGAAAUUAAAGCACUUCCUAGGCCAGAAGUUCUUGAUUUUUUAUUAAAAGGGCAUAAAGGAUUGGUUAUUCCAUAUUUGGAACAUAUAAUUGAAGAAUGGAAUGAAAAAACUCCAUUAUUUCAUAAUUAUUUAAUAAACCAGUAUAGAAAAGAGAUCGAUAAUUUAAAAAGUAUUUUAGAAAAAGAUGAGAAUGCAAUUGAAGCAUCAGAGUCAUACAAGUCUACUCGUAGUAAAUUACUAAAUUUUUUAAAAACAUCCAACAUUUAUUCACCUGAAAAUGUUUUAAAAGAUUUACCAACAAACGAUUUAUUUGAAGAACGUGCAAUAAUUUUAGGAAAAUUAAAGAAACAUAGAAAAGUAUUAGUUAUAUAUUAUCAAGUUCUUGGGGAUAUUGAAAAAGCCAAAGAAUAUUGUGAACAAGUUUAUCCCGAUGACAACAAUAUCUUAGUUCUUUUAAUUGAAACUUUACUAACUAAACCAGAUGCACCUCCAUAUAAUGGUGUAACAUUACAUCCAAUCUGUUUACAACCAAAUACAGAAAUUGUUUUGGAACUUCUCGACAAAUAUGGCACAAAAAUUGAUCCAGUUGAUGUGAUAGCGUGUCUACCAAAUGAUAUACCAUUACAUAGGAUUAAGGAUUUUUUAGAAAAUUCUUUAAGAGACAAGUUGGAAACAAGACGUCAUUGUCAAGUUUUAAAUGGUUUACUUAAUGCUGAAGAAUUGAGAUUAAAAGAAAAACUUAUGCGCUAUGAAAAGAAGAGUAUAGUUUUAACUGCUUAUAGUAUUUGUAAUAUUUGUAAAAAACGAUUUACAAAUCAAAGUGCAUUUGUUAAAUAUCCGGAUGGUGAAAUCGUGCAUUUUUCAUGUCAAGAUAAAAUUUCAAAUUAAUAAUUUAUCAAUAUUUUGGUCAGUUCUAAUUUUUUUUUUAUUAUUAUUUAAUUUAAAAAUACAUAUAUUAUUAAAAGUGGUAAUAAAAUAAUAUAAUAAAAAUUUUUU